UUGUACUUGCCUGAAAUGGGUUUGGGAGUUGUGUGGUAUUUUGUUGUAAUUAAUGUGAUACCUCCCUUCUUAGAAGUGUAGAAAGCGAUGGUAUAUAUCUGUUAGAUGAUGGCUUUGAACUUUUAGAAGCAAUAAUUAAGUUUAGGUAGAGGUUUUGGGUGCCAGAUACUUGCUCCAAAUUAAAAUUAAUGUCUUCAGUAGUAAUCAAUCAGUACUAUUCUGCUUUUAUAUUGUUCCUUGACGGUUAAAGAUUCUCCUUGCUGCUGAUAGGUAGACCCUCUAUUUUCUAAUUCCAGUCUGCCUUAAAAGAGAAUAGCUGAAUUUUUGUGUACGACUCUUGACUUUAACUGCCUUUUCUUUCUCUUAUAAGUUAAACUCCUGUUGCUUUCACAUCAGGACUAAGUUCUUCUGCAUGUUUAAUCUUGAGUUGAUAUCUUCUUGAGCUGCUUGCAUGAAUAUUGAGUAACCAUGGCUGUUAACUCUACAUUAUUCCCAUAGCUGAGAUUUUUUCCGUUGUAAAUUUAAACUUUUACUUUGCAGUAAUAAAUGUGAAAAUGGUUACAUGUGGUAAAUUUGGUUUAUUUGAACGAGAUAUAUUGCUUGCUCCAUGUUUACGUCACUGUUGGACGUGUUAAAACAAGUAGUUGUUAGUGAUUUCUGUCAAAUCUUUCUAAGAGAGGAAGAAAUAUAAGUCAUUCCUCGGAUUUUUUAAUAAACUUUUAUUUUUUGGGGUAUCUGCAUUUGAGCUCCUAAAAUGUGCUAAUGUGGUUACAGACAAGAUUGAUCUUGAACGAUAUUAGUGCAUCACCGAAAUUGAUUGCUAUGGAUGAGAGGUUUCCUUUAGACGAGCUGCAUAGAAUCAAAAGUCCUGAUCAAGAAAACAAAGAUGCAAGCGAAACAGAGGACGAUGAUGACGAAGAAAAUGCAGACGAUCAAGAUGAUGAUGAUGAUGACGAUGACGAAAAUGAUGAAGAUUUCUCUGGUGAAGGGGAGGAUCCAGACCCUGAGGAUGAGGAUCCAGAGGCCAACGGUGAUGGAGGAAGUGAUGAUGAUGACGAGGACGACGACGACGGAGAUGAUGCUGAUGAAGAUGGUGAGGACGACGACGAUGAAGAGGAAGAAGAGGACGAGGAUGAGGAGGUUCCCCAGCCACCCCCUAAGAAGAGGAAGUGAAAAUAGUAGAUGGCUCUGUAGCUUUUCUGUUACUAAACUUCGGCUCAGGACCUUCUGGUAGGAUGAUUGUCUGUCUGCAUUAUAGAGUAGGUGAUUACCAAUGUCGUUCUGAACGAACAUAUUGUUAGUAUUUAUGUGGUUACUGAUUGUUGUUAUAUAUGUUUUUCUCAUGUUAAUUUAAUGACACCUCCUAUUUAAUCAGUAUCAAUUGAGGCUUCACCCGGUGAUAUCAGAGAAAUUUUUAUUCCUGGGUAGAGGAAAUACUGCUAUUGUGACCUUUUCGGAGGGUAGUAUUUAACUAUUCGGCUUAAUGAAUUGGUUGUAUUAUCAGGGA